CUGUGUUUCGGAGUGACUGAAAGGUGUGUCCAGUUACUGAUGGAUCCUCCCACUGAGAAGCAUAUAAAAGGGAACGCGUGCUACGUUUAAGCAUUACAUCAAACAGACCACACGACAUCACAACAAAAUCAUGGUUCUUAUUAAGGUAGCGGUGUUCGCCAUCCUAGCUACGGCCACGUUCGCCGCGCCGGUGGGCGAGUCACAGUCUUACUCAACAUAUUUAUCUGGGCCCUUGGAAUCUCACGGUUCCUUAUCUUUAGCACACGCUCCAAUAGCCAUCGCUCACGCACCAGUAGCCAUCUCUCACGCACCUGUUCAACUUCACAGCGUUCCCGAAGUCGAGCAUUAUGCUCCAGCCAACUACGAAUUUAAAUAUGGUGUUAAAGACGAACACACGCACGACAUCAAGGAACAGGCCGAGAAGCGAGUUGGAGACAAAGUUGAGGGAUACUACAGCCUCGUUGAACCUGAUGGCACCACUCGCACGGUCCACUACACAGCUGACAAACACACCGGGUUCAACGCUGUAGUCACCAAGUCCGGACACGCGUCUCACCCAACCGCUCCCGUCAAAGUAGCCUUGCCUGUGCAUAAGGUGGUAUCGGCUCCACUCAUCUCCUACGCCCAUUCGGCCCCUGUAAUCUCAUACUCACAUUCUCCCCUAGCAUCUCUAGGUCCCAGCCACUCCGUAGUAGGUUCUGCUACCAGCUACAGCAGUAUUAGUGGCAGUUUGGGUCAAGAAUCUGGAAGCUACCACUAGGUGAACACCCUGGCCAUAUUUACAGAACCAUCUGCAUUUUUAACGAUCAGCACUGCCUUAGCCGGCUACAUCAUCUUACAUUAAUUUUGUACUGCUUUCCACUUCACUGCUCUGUGUCAUUUGCAUUUUGUAAUAUAUCAUAUAUAUUUUAUCUGUCAUGUUAUUAAUGUUAUUUAUGUGUAUGCUAUUGUUGAUACACUAUUUUUGAUGUAAACAUUUGCCUAUAUGUUAAUAAAUGUUUCAAAAAAAUACUGUAACUAUUCAUGUACUCAUAACACCAAAUUACUUUAAUUAACUCGGCCACGACUUCUAACACAUUACUGUAGUGUCACUUUAACAUUUAUCUUUUGAAGUCAGCCUACAUAUUAAGGCACUCUUUACUUAGAAGUUUAGUGUUCUUGUUGGCUUUUCUUAUACCUGCUAAAGCUGUUCACAAAGUGAAAAUGUUUAAACUUUUUUCAGUA